AUGUCCGAAGAGAUGUCCUCAAAAGUCAAACAGGCUACGUCGUUGUCAUCCAUUGAUUCUAUACAAACAACAUCGCUCAAUGCCGUCACAGCAGCUUUUGAAGGCCUUCGACAAGUCGUGCUGGAGUAUGACCCUGCUGAUGAAGCCUUUCUGGAAAUUGUAGCAGACGAUUUGGACGGUGAACAAGAGACUCAGCCGGAACCCACCGAACCCACCGCCAGUGCAUCUGUUCAAGAUCAUGAGGGGGAUACUGUCAUGACUGAUGCUGACAUCAAACCUGACCUUGGCGUUAUCAAGGAAUUUUUGAAGGGCAUGAGUGAUGGUACGCUAUCAGGCUAUCUAAGCCUCAUAAAACAGCUUGAGAGAUGGGUGCAUGAUCACAACCUCAUCCCAAGGGAUGAGGACUUUUUUCGAGCCAAUCCUCAUGAAGACUCGCCAUCUAUGAUUGCUGCAUGGAUUCUAGACUCAUGUGAUACAGUUAGACUCGACGGCACAGUUCGCCCCCAGUCUGAGGUCCGCAAGUCAUACAGCCAUGCACAGAAGAUGUGUGCAGCGGCCACCUUCGGUUUCGGUCGCUUACACGGUCUUGGAAAUAUGACGUGGCAACAGAGUGGGCUUACAGCAAUGAAAAGAGAGGAAGCUACGAGUGCCUGUGCGAUCACAGCAGAUAUCAUUCGGAAAAUGUAUAAUUACAACACUCAAGAAGAACAUUGGAAUCCUUCACCUCCUCAAUUUGCACAAUCGUCCCAGCCAAUGUCUUCUUCUACCCAAAAGAAAACCCACCUCAGUCCUCGUUUUCGUCGCUUGCUUCAUUUGGCAUAUACCAUUGCCUUCCUAUGUCUCCUACGUGUUGAUGAGGUCCUCAACAUCACUUUCGACCAAAUCAACAUUGUUCAACAUGAUGAUGGCACCAUUUUCAUGAACAUAACACUACCCUACAGGAAAACAGCCCAAUUCGGGACAUCUCAGCAGUUUCUUGAGGGCUUUCGUCACAACCUUCUCGAUGUCGGUAUUGAUCCAGCUCCAUAUGGAACACAUUCUCUUCGCCGAGGAGGAUGCCAAUGGCUUUCAGCAGACCUUCGAUGGCCAUACAUCAAGAUCUGCCAAUGGGGAGGGUGGAGUACCGAACUCACUAAUGCAACUAUUGUCAAAUACCUGGUUUCGUGGAACGAUGAUCCUAUGUGUCCAUGGGAGGAUUUCUUUGAUUUUGGCAAGAAGUCGGGUGUUCGUUGCCCUAUGUGUGGCCGUUCUUGUUUGUGCUGGGGUCGUUAG